AACCCACCCUGCUGGCUCAUGACUAGGGAGCUGAUGAGACUGGCACCCUACCCUUCUGUGUUGCUAGGUUAAGAUAACAUCUGCCUGGAUCUUUGGCUAUGGAGAGAGAAGUCGGUGACCCCAUGUACGGAUGUUACUUGAGUAAAUGACAGAGGCUUGUGGAUUACUUUGCCCUCAGUGCUGACUACUUAUUAGGAUAUUCCUGGGCUAUGCUAUUACAAUGGUGUUUAUAGUUGGUUUAAGGUACAGAAAACCCAAGUGGAUCCAUAAAGCCAUGGCUCACUGAGGGACACUCGGCUUUGGGUUGCUUGGUGCCCGUUUUCUUCUUUGUUGGUACUUUUCUCUGCAUCAGAAUGAAGUCUGUGUUCUACAGUCGCUUCUUUAUCCUCCUGCCUUGGGUGCUGAUUGUGGUGAUUAUAAUCGAUAGUGACACCAGGAGAUCCCCGGGCUCAGGCAGGGUCCCCACUGCUCGCUAUUACCCUUACUGGAACCGUAGGGUCGGCCGUGCAGCCCUCAUGAAGCCCCCGCCAAGUGACCCCAGUACCCACCAGGAGCUUCUCUCUGCCACUCAAAGGAGGAAGAACGAAACUGUGCCCGUUAUCUAUGCCAUCACCCCCACCUACAGCCGCCCGGUGCAGAAAGCUGAGCUUACCCGCCUGGCCAAUACCUUCCGCCAGGUGCCGCGUUUGCAUUGGAUUGUGGUGGAGGACUCUGUGCACCCAACGGAGCUGGUGAGCCGCUUCUUGGCCGGGGCAGGAGUCACAAGCACCCACCUGUAUGUGCCGACACCGCGCAGGUACAAGCGCACUGGGCUGCCCCGGGCUACUGAGCAGAGGAACGCAGGGCUAGCCUGGCUCCGGCAGGAAUAUCAGCGCCCAGGGCUCCGCACAGCUCAGCCGCAGGACCCAACCGGGGUGGUCUUCUUUGCGGAUGAUGAUAACACCUACAGUCUGGAGCUUUUCCAGGAGAUGCGAACAACUCAGAAGGUCUCUGUGUGGCCCGUGGGACUUGUAGGCGGGCGUCGUUAUGAACGUCCUGUUGUUGAGAAUGGAAAAGUCGUGAGUUGGUACACCGGAUGGAGGGCAGACAGGCCAUUUGCUAUUGAUAUGGCAGGUUUUGCUGUGAGUCUUCAAGUGAUACUUUCCAGUCCCAAAGCAGUUUUUAAACGGCGCGGAUCUCAACCAGGGAUGCAAGAAUCUGAUUUCUUGAAACAGAUUACAAAAGUGAAUGAACUUGAGCCAAAGGCCAACAACUGCACAAAGGUCCUUGUGUGGCACACCAGAACAGAGAAGGUUAAUUUGGCCAAUGAGCCCAAACAUCCCCAAGAUACAAUUAAAAUUGAGGUAUGAUCAAUGCCAAUUCGUGUAAGGAUGCCCAAAACUUUUGAAAUGGACAGAAAACCAGCAAUUGUGUUCUUAACCCUGUGAUCAUUGGCUGAACAUUAAUGAAAGCUUCAAAUGUAUGGAAGAACCCAAUAUGGAACUUUUAACUUUUUUUUCAUUUACCAACGCCAUGGUUUCUCGGGACGCUGUAUGCAUGUGCCACAUCGAUCCUUGCCCUCCCCCCCCCCCCCCCCCGCAAAGUUUCCUUCAGGAGAACAGUGUUAUUUACUUGAUGUUUUUGUUUGUUUACCUGAAGGCUCUACUUACUGAGUACAGGUUCCAUAAGCUAAUAUUGCAGAACAUUACACUCACAAAAGUACAGCAUACAUUGUAACUAUUUUCCUUGUCAGAAAUAGGUAAUAAACCAGAGCCACUAAGGCUACAUAAAAUACAAACAUUCUGUGAUUUUUCUGAUUUAAUACAGGGGUAAUCUCAUUAAUACUAGGCACCUUAAAAUGUAAACACAACGAAGGCUAUAAACUUGGAUGUACAUUAUAGGAAGAAAAACACUUAGCCCAUCAGGGAUAUUACAAUUCCUUACUAGGAUACUAUGUACACAAUUAUAUCAAUAAAUCCUUUUAGGAUCAAUUUGACUGGCCAAUUAGAUGUAUGAAAAUAGAAUAUCGUAGCAUCCAGGCUUAUAUUCCUUCCUGAAUUGUGGUGCUUAGCGUAGCACACCAUAACAACAUCACAGUUAUUUGUAAAUGAACAACUAAACGAGGUACACAAGAGUAUGUUGUUCAAUGAUACAUUUACACUCAGAAUUAAAAUAAAAUCUUGCUACAAUAUAAAUUGUAGCUAAAGGUGAGGAAGAGUAAAUAAUUUUUUUGACUAAGAUACUUGUGACAUGAUAUUUCAGUCCCUUAUAUGUAAUAAUAAAAGUAGUUUUGAUCAAUACUAAUCAGAUAUGUAGGUCGAGCAGCUUCCUUAGAUAGUAGAUGUAAAAUCAUCAACAGAAUAUGUUUCCAGUGAUAUGUAAAUGUAUCCUAGAACUGCUUUUCACCACAAUCAGAUUCAAUCAACACAAACUAAAGAGGUCUGCUGAAAAGGUUUUUUUUCAUCACCAUCUGGAAGAGAAAGCAGAUUGAUAUAUACAUGGGUAAAACAAAGACUUGGGUGCAUCAAAGCCAGGAAUGUUGGAUAAAUGUCCAUGAAGUCUCAGUAGUUACUUUCAUUUCCACAGUUGUGUGCUUAGAGUCUGACCAGUGGCACUGCCAGCCCAUCCUCCUCCUACAGUGUUAGCUGGUUGACCAAAAGCCAUCAUAUUGCUUGCUCCGUUUAGAUUAAGUCCACUCAUUUGCUGAUUCAUCUGCAAAGCACAUGAACAAAUGUUCAGAUCAAAGCACAAGCAGCAACAAUGAAAUCCGACACAGAAACCAUUAGUGCACGUUGGUUUUCACUAUAUAACUUUGAUAACAGUUAAUGUAAAUUAGGCAUUUUGCAAUUAUCGUUUUUAAUUAUCUCAUAAUGGGUAUUUCGCAGACAAAAUAAAAACUGUACCCUCCACAACUGCCCCUAUUUCACAGUAUUACUGUUCAUUGUCUUCUUAUUUGCUGUUUGAGUGACAACAAAGCCUAGUAAGAUUUUUAAAAAAUAUGUGAAAACUCAAGAGUCUACUUCCAUAACAUAUUGUGCUAUUUUGACAAGUAGAAAGUACAUUUGUUUAUUUGGUUCAGUUCACAAAUAAAUUAUUGCAAACAA